AUGUCUGUUGCUUUGGAUGCACUUCGAUCGGAAUAUCAUAUUGCUGUGCCUGAAAACGAUGACACUUCUGUAUUAGAAGAGGAAUUAUUAGAUCUAGAAGCAAGAAUCGACGAUCUAGAGCAUAAGGAACUAGCUGAGGGAUCUGAAUCCAUGACUGAUUCGUACUACCUGCCUCACCAUGGGGUUUACAGACCAGACAAAAGUAGUACACGUUUAAGAGUGGUUUUUAACGCCUCAACUGCCACAACAUCGGGAUUGUCAUUAAACGAUAUUUUGUUGAAGAGAAGAAUUCCACAGCAGGAAUUAUUUUCUAUAACGGCUAGAUUUAGAAAACAUCGCUACGCCUUCACAGCAGAUGUAUAA